AUGUCUCUGCAAAUCACUCGUGUCCACAGUCCAAGUGACUGCGACUUUUGCAACACGAGGACGAUUGCUCACAGUGUCCCCGAUCUUUCUGGAGUCGUUUAUUGCACGUCUCCUCCUCAAAGGGGGGCUUCUAGGAGCCCGAGAGACACUCCGAGCCCCUCAAGGAGCAAUUCCAAAGCGAGCCGCUCCAAGCAGGCUCGGCAUAGGCGUGGCAGAGCCACAUCCUCUACCUUCAACUCGGCAACUAGUCUGGAAUGGUUUCAGACUCGAGAAGCUUCGCCAGGAGGCAAUGACUUCCACGUUGGUGAAGGAACUCCCUACAGACGUCGUGUGUCCACCAUGCCAUCCCGGACUUUAAACCGUCAGGGGCCAUCCGACUUAUCAGGACUGCCAGACUCGUCAGCCUACCGCCUCAGGAGCUUCAGCGUAACGAAUCGCGGAAGUGUCGUGAAUCUCGGAGAUACGGUGUGCUUCCGCUCGAGGUCUGACGUCAGUGUCGGUGGUUCGGGAAGUUCCUUGGGACCUCCUGAAGAUUUCCGAGAACGGACUUCUUCCAGUGGCGGGUCCACGGUGAGGUCGGAGGAUGUUCCCAAGUACAAGGUCCUCGUCUUGGGAGAUGAAGGAGUCGGGAAGAGUUCCCUCAUUGCACAGCUCAUGACUUCCGAGUACUUGACGGUGCGGAAUGCCUUAUCUAUGAAUGAUGCUCAAGAGAACAGCGGUAAGGAGGCAGCUUCAUCUUUUGUAUCCUGGUGGCUUUCUUGCAGAUCAUCUGAAGUUGAGCAGGAUGACAGCUGCGGGGAAAGUGUCAAGAAGGAAACUGAUGGCAGUGAGAGAAGAUUCGAGAAGUUGAUAGGCUAUAGAGUUCCAGCUGGUGAGUUCUGCUCCACGGAUGCAUUGGUUUUGGUGUACUCCGUGACGGAUAUGUCCAGCUUCAGGAAGGUGUGCCACUGCCUCAAAACACUGAAGGAGACCGCGAACAGGCAGCCCCGGUCUUCCCUGCCACUGGGGCCCGGUCUCAGGUCCAAAGCUGUCAUCCUGGUGGGCAACAAAGCAGACUUGGCCAGAGUCCGGACAGUCUCUACUGACAAGGGUCGCAGCAUAGCCAGUCACUACGACGUGAAGUUCAUCGAGACUUCCGUGGUGAUCCACCACAAUGUGGAUGAGCUCCUCGUGGGUGUGCUCAGCCAGAUCCGGCUCAAGGCCCGGCAGGCUGCCGUCCUGUCCUGCAGGCACCACGCGCGCUUCACCACCAGGGCCCGGAGCCUGUGGCGCAGUCUGCUGCAGCGGUGCGAACUCAGGUUCAGGUCCUGUGACAACCUUCACCUGUGA